UUCUCCUUCCGAUCAAUCCGCUCGCUCUCCUUUCCGAUCCCUUUCUCCUUUCAUACCAAUCAUCAUCAUCGUCAUGAUGAACACUCCGAUAAUCAAACUUGUCUUUCUCUUUCUCUCCCUCACCGCAACCGCAACCGCUGCAUCCGUCAAACCCACUAACAACUACCUUUUCACACCUCACGCAAAAGCAGUCGCGGGAAUAUGCACCGUUAUCCAAACUGACACGAGUCUUUGCUGCAAAACCCUCAAGCCCGUUCCUACCGAUGACCCCAUCGAAUUGAUCCGAGCGUUAGCCGUUGCUGCUGAGACCGCAGUGAAGCAAAGUGUUACUUUCCUCACCGAGAGCAAACCAAAACACAAAUCAAGCUUGAUCGCUACGGCUGUAAUCAACAGCUGCGAGAAAAACUUGAAUUACGCGUUGGAAGAUUUCGCUGAUUUGUGGAAAUCUAUGGGGAAAAAUGUAACGACGUUGGCUUAUAACUAUUUUGCUUGCAAGAAGGAGUUGAUGUCAAUCAUGGGGUAUCAUUCGACUUGUUUGGAUGACAUUGAAGACAAGAAUUUGCUCAAGGAAGUGGAGAUUGGGAUUGGAGCUGGGAAGAAGCUAUCUAGUGAUUCCUUUGAUGUCUUUAAUAAUUUGAAUACUAUUUUCAAGACUUUUGGUAUUAAGGUGAAGCUUAACGAGAACGACACUUCGCCCCGACCACCACCGUUGUCUGAUUAUUAUUACUGAUUUAAGGGAUUCGAUGUAAUGAUUAAAUAUAACCUAGAGCGAUCGCGAAUGGGAAUCAUAGAUGCAUGGCUGGUUCUAUCACGUAUGAUUUAUGCGUUAUUUGUGAUGUAUGUUUUAUAGGUUUAUUACAUGUUCGGACGGAUUUGGUGAUGAUUGGAAAGGAUAUAUUAUAUUAAUCAA